AUGUGGAAGAAUACUCCGUCCCUGCUCGUCUCGCUACAAAAGGCUGAAAGAGAAAAGGGAAGCAGAGAAGACGGCGUUCCUAACCCCAGGGCACUCCGCACGCCGCUCCCGAGAGUCCACAUUAGCACAGAGCGGACAGAUCAGAGGCGGCACGAAGACGAGAGGUCCCACUCCCCCAGGAUCAGAUGUUCUUUUGUGCAGAAGUGUGCGGUGUCUGAGUCAAAUGUGAGACUCUUUCCCGCUGUACGCUGCCGCCGCUGCCCGUCCUCGCCGCAGCUGCCCUUCCACGCCACAGCUGCCCUUCCACGCCGCAGCUGCCCUUCCACGCCACAGCUGCCCUUCCACGCCGCAGCUGCCCUUCCACGCCACAGCUGCCCUUCCACGCCGCAGCAGCCCCUUCCACGCCACAGCUGCCCUUCCACGCCGCAGCUGCCCUUCCACGCCGCAGCUGCCCUUCCACGCCACAGCUGCCCUUCCACGCCGCAGCUGCCCUUCCACGCCACAGCUGCCCUUCCACGCCGCAGCUGCCCUUCCACGCCACAGCUGCCCUUCCACGCCACAGCUGCCCUUCCACACCACAGCUGCCCUUCCACGCCGCAGCUGCCCUUCCACGCCACAGCUGCCCUUCCACACCGCAGCUGCCCUUCCACGCCGCAGCUGCCCUUCCACGCCACAGCUGCCCUUCCACGCCGCAGCUGCCCUUCCACGCCGCAGCUGCCCUUCCACGCCACAGCUGCCCUUCCACACCACAGCUGCCCUUCCACGCCACAGCUGCCCUUCCACGCCACAGCUGCCCUUCCACACCACAGCUGCCCUUCCACGCCACAGCUGCCCUUCCACGCCACAGCUGCCCUUCCACGCCGCAGCUGCCCUUCCACGCCGCAGCUGCCCUUCCACGCCACAGCUGCCCUUCCACACCGCAGCUGCCCUUCCACGCCGCAGCUCGUGUCUGUCGUGUUAUGUAGAUAA